CAGCACUUGUAUGCGUGAGGUUUAAGGGAACCUUUUGAACAGCGAACAUGCGUGCAGCGCUGAAGCUUAUCUCCUUGGCUCUUCCACUGGAGCUCGUCUUCUCCUUCUCUGGCUCUUUCGGAUGGCGCCCCUCCCUCCCCUCGCAGAGGUCGAGGGCGGCAAGAAGCUCCCUUCUCAUGGUUCAGUCUCCCCCCCGGACGUCAGUGCGGUCCUUGUCGAAUGCGGCGGCAGACGCGAGGAAGCAGAUGGAGCAGGACGAGCGCGUGAGAAUCCUGAUGGAGGGCAUGCGAGGAACGUCGCUGAACCAGGAUGACUUCGCGCAAGAGGGUCAGACCAUUCAGGUCGUCCAGUUCGACAGCGGCAACGAACUGCCGCUGACCUACGAGCCUGACCUCCUCAAGGACUACUACCGCAAGCGACCCGGCAUCGUGUUGGCACGUCUGGUGCAGGUGAUGACAGCAGCGUCGGGCUUCUUCUUGCCUCUGGUCCUCGACGCCAUCACGGGCAACAUCGAGAAGAACGACGUGAUAAGGACGAGGAAGCUACGAGAGAUCCUGACUUCCCUCGGGCCUUUCUUCAUCAAGUUGGGACAGGCGCUGGCGAUCAGGCCUGACAUCCUUUCCCCUCAAGCCAUGUACGAGCUGCAGCGUCUCUGCGACAAGGUCCCCGCGUUUGACAACGACUUGGCGAUGAGGACAAUGGAGAGCGAGCUGGGGGUGAGGGUCACCGACGUCUUCUCCGAGCUCUCCCCGCAGCCUAUCGCCGCCGCCUCCCUUGGGCAGGUCUACCGCGGCGUGUUGAGGAAGGAUGGCGCGACGGUGGCGGUGAAGGUGCAGAGACCGUUUGUGCUGGAGACAGUGUCGCUCGACCUCUACCUCAUGCGUGAAGCCGCGCAGCUCGCUGACAGCCUCAAGCUCGGCAGAACCGACUUCCUCGCGCUCCUCGAUGAGUUCGCACCGAGGUUUUACGGGGAGCUGGACUACGUGCUGGAGUGCAAGAACGGGGAGUACUUCCAAGAGAUCAUGCAGAAUAUCUCGCAGGUUGUCGUUCCCCGCGUCUACCCGGAGUUCACGACCCGUCGAGUCCACGUGGCCGAGUGGAUUGAAGGCGUGAAGCUCAGCCAGAGCGAGUCUGACGACGUGGAGGAGCUGGUGGCUGUUGGCAUGAUCGCCUACCUCACGCAGCUGCUCGAAAGCGGCUUCUUCCACGCGGACCCACACCCUGGGAACAUGCUGAGGACACCCGAGGGGAAGCUGGCGAUCCUCGACUUCGGGCUGAUGACGCAGGUAACGGACGAUCAGAAGUAUGGGAUGAUCGAGGCGAUCGCUCAUUUACUGAAUCGCGACUAUGAGGAGAUCAUUCAAGACUUCGUGUCCCUCGACUUUAUCCCCCCCGAGACUGACGUGGAGGAGCUCAAGAAGGACCUUCUCCCGGCCCUCAAGAACCUGGCGGGGGACCUGGCGCAGAUCACCUUCAAGUUUCCCUUCAAGAUCCCUCCCUACUUCGCCCUCGUCAUCCGCGCCAUCGGCGUCCUCGAGGGCAUCGCGCUCGUCGGCAACCCGCAGUUUGCGCUCAUCGACGAGGCCUUCCCCUACCUCUCCAAGCGCCUCCUCACCGACGACGCUCCUCGCCUCCGCAGUGCCCUGCGGUACAUGGUGUAUGGCAAGGGCUCGAGCUUCGACGUCGACCGCCUCAUCGAGCUCCUCCAGGCCUUCCAGACCUUCGUCGACGUGCGCGACUCGGGUACCGCAGGGAGGAAGGAGGAGGGAGAGAGGGGAGGAGAACCACCGCUGCUGCUUCGCUCCCCUGCUCUCACCCCAGUCGCUGGCGCUCGAUCGCGUGUGAGGCGGAGGAGCGCGAGCAUGUUGCCGCCGGCCCAGCAGGAGGGGAGCAGUGGAGGAGGGAGGAAAGGGAAGAAGUCGGGAGUGCAGGAGGCGCUGGUGUUCUUCUUCAGUGACAGCGGCUCUUUUCUCCGUCAGUUCAUCCUCGACGAGACUGUCAACUCAGUUGACGCCAUGUCCCGAGGCGCCGCCCUCCAGCUGCUGCAGCGACUCUCCCUAGACCGCAACCCUCUCCUUCCGCCUCCUCCUCCGAUAUUCCGCUCGCUCCUCCCUCCUCUCAGCGAGCAAGAUGAGAAGCUCAUCUCCAACGCAGACAAGCUUCUCACGUUUCUCGGGGCUCCGAGAGGAGGAGGAGGAGGAGGAGGGUCGCUGCUGGAGGGGCUAGCGAGUUCUGGGUUAGACCCCUCGGAGAUCGCUUCUCUCCUCCCUCAGAUCGCUCCGGGUAUGCGACAGUUCGCGCUGCAGAUCGUUGGAGGCCUGCUGGAGCGACUCAAUUCACGACUAGUGCUGGGGAUGAGGCAGCAGGCUCAGCCGGUGGUGAGUAGAUACUUCAGAGAGUGAGGAGAAUGAGAAAGCAAACAAACGAGGGGGAGGCGAGGCAGUGGUCGAGGACGAAGGGGAAGAGGAGGAGAAGGAAGAUUUCUGGUAUCUUGUAAACUAUAGUCUCUCUCC